AUGGAUGCUAAACAGGAUCCCUACACCUGGGAAGGUGCAACUGGAUGGCGGCGAUAUCGAAUGCUCAGACCGGGCCGUGGCAUGUACUACGAUGUCAAAAGACGACUACCAUAUUACUGGAGCGACAUCAGAGAUGCAUUCACUUAUAGAACAUUUGCAGCCACAGUCCGCAUGUACUUUGUAAAUUUAUUACCGGCGCUCGCAUUCUUACUGGAUAUGGAACGCCACACAGAUGGCUUCUUCGGCGUGAACGAGGCGUUAUUCUCCUCUGCCCUGGCUGCGAUUGUGUUCAGCACUUUGGCCGCUCAGCCGUUAACCAUUGUUGGUAUCACUGGUCUGAUCUCUUUGUUCAACUACACCAUCUAUGAUAUCGCCGUAAGGCAGGGCAUCGGCAAUCUAUACCCGGAGUUCCUGGCAUGGGUGUCUAUUUGGGCUGCCAUCACGCAUUGGAUUGCAUCAUUCGGAAACCUCUGCGAUUACAUGCGAUUCAUCACCGACUUCUCGAGUAAUGCUUUCGGCAUGUAUGUUGGUAUUAUUUACAUGAUCAAGGGUGUUCAAGAACUCAUCGCUCAAUUCACCCAGAGCACACAUGAGGCAGGCUUCUUGAGCGUUGUCGUUGCAUUGUGUUAUUGGGCCACUGUGUAUGCAUUAGAGAUGCUCCCUCACACUGUGGUCUUCAGCCCAGUCACUCGCAAGCUGCUCUCCGACUACGCAUAUCCUAUUGCUACUAUAUUCUGGACCGGCUUCGUCCACAUUCCAGGAACGAUCAAGCGAGCAGAUGUGCUCACGUUGCCCAUCACCAGAGCAUUUUAUCCUUCGACCGAUCGUACCUGGCUGAUCCAUUUCUGGACACUACCUGUUAAAUGGGUAUUUGUCGCUCUGCCUAUCGGUAUCCUCGUAACUCUAUUGUUUUACUAUGAUCACAACGUCAGCAGUAUCGGCGCUCAAGCAAGACAAUACCCUCUCAAGAAGCCCGCCGGAUUCCACUGGGACUUUGCCCUUCUCGGGGCUACAUGCUUCAUCGCUGGCAUCAUCGGUAUCCCUCUGCCCAACGGUCUGGUGCCUCAAGCCCCGGUUCACACAGACUCUUUGACUGAGUACAAAGAUAAACUCGUCGUCAGCCAUGAGACCGAGGACGACAAUGGCCAACCUAUGGAACGCAGAAAGAAAGUCUUCGAGGCAGAGAUGGUAGUCGAGCAACGCGUCAGCCAUUUCCUCAUGGGUCUUGCUCUUAUAGGCACAAUGACUGGGCCGCUCCUCAUCGUCCUUCAUACCAUGCCCCGCUGUCUGUUCUGCGGUGUCUUCUUUGUCGUUGGCUGGGGCUCUAUCGAAGGAAACGGCAUGACGCAAAAAGUUAUCUUCCUGAUAAAAGAGCACCGCUUCAUCGACCCGUCAGAACCGCUUCUGCAGGUUCCAAGAACCAAAAUCAUGCUCUUCUUGCUAUUCCAGAUCCUCGGUGUGGGCUUCAGUGUCGCUAUCUCGCAAACCAUUGGCGCCAUCGGGUUCCCUGUCAUCAUUCUCUCGCUUAUACCUCUGCGAUGGUCAGUCAUGCCACAUCUGUUUGCUCGCAGAGAACUUGAGAUCAUGGAUGCACUCACCGCAGACUCGGAUGUUGUGUUGUGCAGUCUAGGCGGUAAGCCCGUUAUGCCAGAAGUAGCGCUUGAACGCAAGAAGAGAGGCUAUACCGCUGAGGAAGAAGGGGACAGUUCACACAUGAGUGAUAAGGAGAAGGACAACUCAGGGGAGACUGAAAGUCCGGAGUUGAGAAGGAGAUUGGACUUGGAGCAAUCGGGACGAGGAAGUGGGCCUUACACUGCUGGCAAACAUGAUUAG